AUGGGCCCAGACGAGGCAGUCGGGGUGGUGCAUCGUACUCGCCCCCACAUCAAUAUCCAUACAACGAAGGAUCAGGUUCCUAUCCGCCAUCUGGCGGCCCAGCAGGAUACUAUCAUCAAAAUCCUCCUCGCUCGCCCUCGUACUCGGGGCCACCACCAGGAAAUCACCGCGGGCAUCGAGGCGGGUCCCGGGGUGGCGCCCCUUAUCAAGGGCGGAACCAUCGAGGAUCUAACUAUAAGAAUGGGAACUUUGGUCCAGGCAAUCAUUCACAAUCUUCGCGAGGCCACUAUUCGCAAGAGGAACCCCACGAAGAUGAUGAAAUCCAUAUGGAAGACGAACCUACGAACGGCGAUCCCGCGAUGA